GCUAUUUGGCAAAAAAAAAACCAAACCCCUACACACUCGACUUCUUCGCGACUUCGCGAGUCGGUGCCUCGGUGAACCGUGGACGGUGGUCCGUCGCCCGUCACACGGUCAGCACACGGCGGCAAGGUUGUCGGCAGCCCGCUUGGCGCUUAUCACUCAUUCAUUCUCGCCUCUCAUCUCUUCAGAGCUCGACUGCUCCAGACUCCAGUGCUCAGCCAGCCAUUUUUGCUCUUCGUCGCCUGGCCGCUUCACCUUUGCAAAAUGCUGUGCAUAUGGUCGUUCGGUCAUUCUUCUCAACUUGGUCAUCUGUAAUCAUGAAUGUUCAAGCUAGAGCUAACUUAAAUUCUCUCAACAUUCAAAAAUUCAUCCAAAUUCAGAAAAACCUUUCAAAACCAACUCCAAAGCUUUGGCCUAAUGACCCCAUUUCCAACCCAGAAGACAAAGGAAUGUGCGUGUCGUGGCGAAGCAAUCCCAUCUUGCUCAAGCUAGACAAAAUCGAACCCACAAUUCAACAGUUAAACCAAGUUCAUGCCCAGCUCAUUGUCUCUGGAAUCUUUCAGCACCCCAUGCCCUUGGGCCAGUUUGUGAAAAAGCUAUGUUCUUCAAAAGCCACACUUCCUGACGCUGCUACGCUCUUUGGCUAUAUUGAAGAGCCUGAUGCUUUCAUGUGCAAUACAAUCAUGAGAGGUUAUGUGAGUUUUGAUGAGCCCAGAACUGCUUUAGCAUUUUACUUUCAUAAAAUAGUUAAAGAAGGGAUAUUUCCCAAUAAAUAUACAUUCCCGGUGUUAAUCAAUGCCUGUGCUGAUAUGUGUUCGCUAAGAGAAGGUGAGAAGGUUCACGCCAAUGUAGUGAAGCAUGGGUUCGAGUUGGAUUUGUAUAUUAGAAACACCAUGAUUCAUAUGUAUGCGGUGUGUAGGAGGGUUGGAGAUGCAAGGAAGGUAUUUGAUAUGAGCCUCGAAUCAGAUUUAGUUACUUGGAACGCUAUGAUAGAUGGCUAUGUUAAAAAUGGGGAGGUGGGGUUUGCCCAUCAGGUGUUUGAUACAAUGCCUGAGAGAGAUGUUUUCAGUUGGAACAUAAUGAUUUCAGGUUAUGUUGGGAUUGGGGAACUGGGCACUGCAAAGCAGUUGUUUGAUAACAUGCCUUCCAGAGACAUUGUUUCUUGGAAUACUUUGAUUGUUGGGUAUUCUCAAAUAGGAGAUGUCAUUUCUGCUCGAUCACUGUUUGAUCAGAUGGGUUGCUGUCGUGAUGUUGUUUCAUGGAAUUCUAUGAUGGCACUAUAUGUGAGGAUAAAGGACUGCAACGAGUGUUUGAGAUUGUUUGAUAUAAUGAUGGGAGGAGGAGUUAAGCCAAAUGAGGCCACCUUAGUGAGUGUCUUGACUGCUUGUGCACACAUGGGGAGGUUAGACAUAGGGGAAAGGAUUCAUUUCUAUAUCAACAAAAACAGGAGAAAAAUAAAACCUGAUAUUUUGCUCUCGACUGCCGUUUUAACGAUGUACUCAAAAUGCGGGGCAGUGGAUCGGGCCAAGCAAGUUUUUGAUGAGAUGCCAGAGAAGAGUGUUGUGACAUGGAAUUCUAUGAUAAUGGGGUAUGGAAUACAUGGGAAGGGUGAGAAAGCCCUUGAAAUGUUUUUGGAUAUGGGAAAGUGUGGAAUGAUGCCAAAUAGUGCUACUUUUGUGUGUGUUUUGAGUGCUUGUGUUCAUGCCAAGAUGUUAUUAGAGGGUUGGUGGUGCUUCAAUUUGAUGCUCAGAGUCUACAUGAUUGAACCCACAGAUGAUCACUUUGGAUGCAUGGUUGAUCUCCUUGGACGGUCUCGUUUACUGAAGAAUGAUUCUGAUAUCCUUCCCCUCACGGAGUUGGGUUCUACACUUUGGGGGUCCUUACUGUCAGAUUGUGAGACCCAUUUAAAUACAGAGCUCGGUGCUAUCAUGGCUAGGGAGUUGAUGAAAUUGAAGCCAGAUGACAUCGGACCAUAUCUACUGCUAACUCAUAUAUAUGCUGUAAAAGGGAGAUGGAUUGAUGUUGGGAAUGUUAGAAAUAUGAUGGCUGCUGCAGGAAUAGAGAAGGCCAAAGAUUUAUCCAAUGAAUCUUUCCACAGAAAGAGUGUGUUGUACUCUAUGCUUGCUGAUAUUGGGGCUGAAAUGAAAUUGACAUGCCGUGAAGUUCUUCAGUAAAUUAUGUAAAUGAAGGAACAUUGGAGACAAUGAAUUUGUUCUGUUACAUUCCCUAAUUUGGGAUUUUGGGGAUGCCAACACCUAAUGAAAUACUCCUAUGAUCUUCAUUUUCUUCAAGGACAUGUCAGACCAUUGACGGGCCAGGUGAUCAGCCAGGUGACUCAGGAUAUAUAUUUGUGAUUGGAUACUUCAGUGGUGAUGGAAAAGAGAUUCAAAAAGAUAGAAGUGAUGAGAUAAUGAAAGAGACUUUCAUGCUGCACUAAUGGAAAGCUGCCUCCAUCUCUUUUGCCAUGGGCUGGAUCCACGACUUUUCCAAGUAUCCUUGGAUAAAUUCCAAGGGAGUACAUAUGAGAUAGCUUCAUCACUUAGGUACGAGGAUGUACUUCGUUUGAAACACAAUUAGGAUGAUACCAAUUGAGCUACGCCCACCGGUUUCACAAUAUUGUUUAUAAUUUUCAUAGCUGAAACACAAUCAAUGUAUUUCAGACUCCGUAUGUGUUUUGAGCUUGUAUGUUCCUAGACGAAUAAUUAUAGAAAUUAUGUAAGAUCCUUAAAAAUCGGUAUAAUAAUAGAAAUCGUACUUCUCCCCA